GCGGGCUCGCCCGCCAUGGCCAGCGACGACGAGUGCUACGACUACGAGUACGACUACGACGAAGACGACGACGACGAGCAGGAGGAGGAGGCGACGGAGGCCGACGAGGAGGGCCUGUUCGAGGACGACACGCCGAUGCCGGAUCGCCCCGCCGAUUGCUGGGCAAUUACACAAGAGUCUCUUUCCAUUGCACAGCAACAAGAUCUAUCCAUGGUGAUGACCUUGCUCAACGUCAAGCAGCACAAUGCUCGCGCUCUCCUCAUCCACCAUCGGUGGAAGAUAGACUGCAUCUACGACCACCUCGACAGGAAGGGGCGAGACCGCACGUUCAGGGAGGCAGGCAUCGUGCUUCACGAGAAUAUCAACGGCAAGCCGCUGGGGUUGCCCUCAAGAGUGGUCAACUGCAUGGUGUGCUUUGAUGAAUUCUCUGUGGGCGCCGUCUCCACCAUGGAAUGUGGCCAUUAUUUCUGCAAUGACUGUUGGACGGAGCACUUCAAGGCGUGUGUGGAGAGCGGCAAGAAGCAGAUCCGGUGCAUGGGGGUGAAGUGCCCGGUGGUGUGCGACGAGGCCGUGGUGCAGCAGCUCCUCGCCGGCGAGUACCCCGACGCGGCCAGGCGCUUCGACCGCUUCCUCCUCGAGUCGUACCUCGAGAACAACGACUCGGUGAAGUGGUGCCCGAGCGUCCCGCACUGCGGCCGCGCGAUCCGCGUGGGCGCCGGCGAGCGCUACACCGAGGUGGAGUGCCCCUGCGGCCUGGGCUUCUGCUUCGCGUGCGCGGCCGGCGCGCACUCGCCGUGCCCCUGCACCAUGUGGGACAUGUGGGAGGUCAAGUGCAACGGCGAGUCGGAGACGGUCAACUGGAUCCUCGCCAACACCAAGAGCUGCCCCAAGUGCUUCAACCCCAUCGUCAAGGACGGCGGCUGCAACCUCGUCACCUGCAAGUGCGGCCAGCAUCUAUGUUGGAAGUGCGGCGGCGCGACGGGGCGCGCGCACGACUGGGACAGCAUCGUCGGCCACAGCUGCAACCGCUUCGUGGGGGAGGAGAAGAAGAAGGUGGACAACGCCAAGCGCAACCUGCACCGCUACACGCACUACUACGACCGCUUCAAGAUCCACGGCGACUCGCACAAGCUGGAGCACGACAAGCUCGGCCCCGCCGUCGACGAGCGGGUCAAGCUGCUGGAGGCGCUGCUGCAGGACCAGCCCCUCCUCCAUGACGCCAGCUGGCUCACCGAGGCGCACCGCGGCCUCCUGCAGUCGCGCCAGGUGCUCUCGCGUUCCUACGUCUUCGCCUACUACAUGUUCGGCGGCGACGACGACAAGGUCCGGACGUGGCCCAAGCACCGCGGCAGCCUGCCCAUCGCGCAGGGCCUCUUCGAGAACUACCAGGAGGAGCUGGAGAGCAACGUGGAGCGCCUCUCCAAGUUGCUCGCCACCGAGUACGGGCCGGUGCCCGAGGAGGAGGACGUCCGGCGCGACAAGCAGAACGCCAUGAACCUCGCCAAGAUCGUGCAGACGCGAUGCGGGGAGAUCUACAAGUGCAUCCAGGACGAGCUCCUGCCGCUGCUCCUCGACCCCAUGAUCAUCGCCGCGUACCGGCCCCGCGGCCCCGACAAGGCCAAGGACUUCACCACCGCCUGAUGAGGAGGAGAUUAGCUCCUCCAAUUUCUUUUGGCCGCGACGGCCGCUGGCUGUAAUGUGCUCCAAGGCCAAGGAGUUCAUGCCAUGUAGUACUAUUGGACAAUCUCUCGUGCGCUGACUGUCUGGGCAGCCAUACCAGACCAGACAGGAAAUGGCUUCAGGAAGGCAGCUCGAUAGGAGCUGCAUGCAUAUUUUUCCUAUUGGAAUUUGUAUACUUUAUCAGAUUCAGAAAGCCCAAAGGGUACUCUGUAUACUGUAUAUCAUUUGGGCGAAAUUCAAACAGUAAAACGCAUCGUUUGUCUAUGAA